AUGGCAGCUACUGAACGUACUGGUCCGGGUUUCAUGUCCAGCGAAAACCGCCUCAACGUCCUGUUGUCGCGUCAGAAGAGCGGCCUCGUCAUCAUCGGCGAUAUCAAUAUCAUGGGCGAAGUGUUCAGCAGCGGCGACAGCAAGCGGAAAACCAGGAUCAGGCAAGCGUCCGGGACGUCUCAAGUCAAAGUCAAGGGGGCCGGAGGCAAAGUUAGUUUUGUCCUGUCGGGAUUCCUGAUCAACGUUUGCCAGGAACUAGUGGAUUCCGCCAGGGUGGCUGAGGCACCUGCUGAGUGGCAGGCCAAGGACUAG